AUGCAAGCAACCUCACGACCCGUUUUCCGUGUCGCUACGAAUUUAUCCCGUUUCCGAUUCCUAUCUACCACUCCAAGAAUCAUGGGCGCAGGUGAUCUAGGUUCGCCAAAGUCGGGCGGGAUGGCCGAGUAUGCCGCGACUCACUUCAGAAUGGAUGACGUCAUAUCUGACCAUUGUAACAGGAAGGAUUCUUUUGCCAGACGCGAGGCUGCGCACGAGGCCAUGUACAUUCGAGAAAAAGAAAUGGAAAAGCUUGAGCGUCUCAAAGCAAAGGUCAAGGAGCAGCGCAAGCAUAUGGAUGAACUUGACAAACAUAUGUAG